GAAAUCAUGAAUCCUGUGUAUAGCCCUGGAUCUUCUGGGGUUCCCUAUGCAAAUGCCAAAGGAAUUGGUUAUCCAGCUGGCUUCCCAAUGGGCUAUGCAGCGGCUGCUCCUGCCUAUUCCCCUAAUAUGUAUCCUGGAGCAAAUCCGACCUUCCAAACAGGUUACACACCAGGCACCCCAUAUAAAGUAUCUUGUUCGCCUACUAGUGGAGCAGUGCCGCCCUAUUCUUCGUCACCGAAUCCCUAUCAGACUGCUGUGUACCCAGUUCGAAGUGCCUAUCCACAGCAGAAUCCGUAUGCACAGCAAGGCACUUACUACACACAGCCUUUAUAUGCAGCACCACCCCACGUAAUUCACCACACCACAGUUGUGCAGCCCAACGGAAUGCCAGCAACCAUGUAUCCUGCUCCGAUUCCACCACCGAGGGGAAACGGUGUGACUAUGGGGAUGGUGGCUGGGACUACUAUGGCAAUGUCAGCAGGUACUUUGUUGACAACUCAUUCCCCAACUCCAGUAGCCCCUCAUCCAGUUACUAUGCCCACAUACCGGGCUCCAGGAACACCAACCUAUAGUUAUGUGCCCCCGCAGUGGUGAUCAUCCUGGCAGUCAGUGUUUGAAGAUGGGAGAUAUGCAAUCAAGAAAUUGAGGUUUAAAAGUUGGUGCUGAAGCCCUCAUGCCUCCAACCAGGACUUUUCUUCUGAAUGCUUUCGACACUUGGCUAAACACUACUAAUUCCUGAUCACUGAAGAUUUUCCAGUGCUGCAUAUCUUACAUCUUGGAACUCCAGCAGUUAGUCUUAAAGCAAAAUCCUGUUUUGUGGACUGUCUUGCAAUUUUUUAGCUAAUUAUAAUGAUAAAAAGGGAGUAUAAAUUUAUUCUGAUCCAUAUCUAGUUGAAUGCAUGUUAAAACACAAAAACAAAGCUUGCUCAAUCUACCUGCAGUGACUGAUGCAAAAACCAUCAUAUGCAAAUCCAAAGGAACCGAAAAGUAUUUUACAACUUGUAUCACUAAUGCACUGUUGUAACGUAUGCAGGGUCUUAAAAGGUAGAACCAUAAAAGUGAGUUUCUUUCUAGAAUACCAUAAUACACGUUAGAUAAGUGCUUCAGCCUUUUUCAGGUUGAUGGAGUUGCCAGUUUAAAAGGGGCAUAUUUUUAUUUAAGUGACGUGUUCUUUUCAAAUUCAACUACUAAAUUGGAGUGACUGGAAAAUGAGUCGGACAAGCUGUAGAAAUCCCGCACACGAUUAGUUUCCUUCACACCUUUUCAUUCUCAUUGUAUGGAUUCAGUGUUAUACAGACGUUCUUAAGGGUCGGAAUG